AUGACCAAUGACUACUUCACCACUGGAUAUUAUUCCAAACUGGGCGUCGACGAAUGUAUCCGCAUCUUGGAGCGAAAUGCGUCAGUCUCCCAUGUCCGCACGCUGCUGGUUACGGGCCCCCGCUGGGGCAGGUAUUACAGCACGCGUGCUGUCAUCUCCGCCGACGACGGCGACACCCGGACUUGGUCCUUUGGCCUCCCCUUGAGCUUAUCCGAGAUUGUCGACGGCAAUAAGGACAGGCUACUAGGCCUUGAGCCGCGCUCUGCCCUCGUCCCAACCGACCUUGAUAUGCCCCCUGAAGAGGACACCCUCACGGACGCCGCCUGGCAACCGCUGGUCCGCCUUGUACAGAUAUUGCCGGGUCUGGGUGACGUAUUAUACGCGAAUCGCCACCGGGUGCCACCCUGCCUUCUCCAGGCGCUCCGUCAAUAUCGGCCACGCUGCCGGCUCCACGUCUUCAGUUUUAGGCUGCGCAGCCUACGUCUUCCGGAAACUGACCCUGACGAGCUGGCUCUUGUGACAGCGCCGUGCCUCUAUAGCAUCUGGAUGUGGUACUGGGGCAUGGAUGGUUUUGACCACGACGACUACAGUGAGCCCGAGCCCGAUUACCAUGCCGAGGCCGUUGAUAGCAUGGUGAAAGGUCUGGCACCAAACCUAAAAGAAGUACACUUGUUUUUCCAACCCGAGCCUGCCUAUGAGAUGGACGACAACCCGCUACCGCCCCGCCCUCCAUGGAAGGGCUUUACCAACGUUGGGGCGGACUCAACCUGCAUGCCCGCCCCCCCCUCAAAUCUCUCGAGCUGGGACUCGAUUGCCCUGCUCCCACUUCCUUAG